GACACAGGCAGAGGGAGAAGCAGGCUCCAUGCAGGGAGCCUGACGUGGGACUCGAUCCCAGGUCCCCAGGAUCACGCCCCGGGCGGAAGGUGGCGCUAAACCGCUGCGCCACCCGGGCUGCCCACGGAACCUGGAAUUAGCCGGAGGGACGCAUUUUGAGGUGUUUGUGUCUCGUCCCCUGUUGGGCUUCCAGUCGAGAAGGCCUGGGGCCGGAGCUAAAGAAAAUUUGAGUACUUUUGUAAGAAAAAAAAAAUAAUAAUAAUUAAUAAUAAUAAUAAUAAUAAUAAUAACAAACCAGCAUGAGCUGGCUCCGCUUUGUGCAUUAACUGCUGUGUGUGUCGGGUGUGCCUUCUCCGCGCAGGCCUUGGAGCGUGCCCCCCGCCGGGCCGUGAGCCGGGGCCCUGACCCCGAGCCGAGCCCGAGCCGCAGAGGCCGGCGCCGCUCCCCGCUCCCCGAGGAUGAACGACACGGAGCCCCUGGAGGAGGCUCCCAACGGCACGCUGCUGCGCGGGCCCCGCCCCCAGGGCGGCCCCCAGGACCUGGUCCACACGGCCACUCUGGUCACCUGCACGCUGCUCCUGGCCGUCGUCUUCUGCCUGGGGUCCUACGGCAACCUCAUCGUCUUCCUGUCCUUCUUCGACCCGGCCUUCCGCAAGUUCCGAACCAACUUCGAUUUCAUGGUCCUGAACCUGUCCUUCUGCGACCUGUUCAUCUGCGGGGUGACGGCGCCCAUGUUCGCCUUCGCGCUCUUCCGCUCGGCGCGGGGCCUCCCGGACGCCUUCUGCUUCGCCUUCCACGCCACCAGCUCGGGCUUCGUCAUCAUGUCCCUGAAGACGGUGGCGGCGAUCGCGCUGCACCGGCUGCGCAUGGUGCUGGGCCGGCAGCCCAGCCGCCCCGCCUCGGUGCCCGGCGCCGCGCUGCUCGCCGCGCUGCUCUGGGCCAGCAGCUUCACGCUGGCCGCCCUGGGCGCGCUGCGGGCCAGCAAGGCCCACCUGUGCCUGCCCCUGUCGGGCCUGCCGGCGGCGGAGGGCGCGGCCGCGCUGUCGCUGUACGCCGUGGACUUCGGCUCCUGCGUGGCCGUGGUCGCCGUGUCCUACAUCCUCAUCGCGCAGACGCUGCGCAGGAACGCGCGGGCCCGGCGGCGCCCCCCGGCGGCCGCGGCGGAGGCUUCGCGGGCGCCGCCGCCCUUCGCGGGCGGCCCGGGGCGGCGGGGGGCCGAGCCCGCGCUCUACCGGCACCAGGGCUGCCCCAGGCCGGCCGCGCCCGCCGCCCGCCGCCCGCGCCCGCCGCCCGCGCCCGCCGUCAACCUGGCCGCGGCCAAGGACUCCAAGGCGGUGCUCACCUGCGUGGUCAUCGUGCUGUCGGCCCUGCUGUGCUGCGUGCCCCUGGGCGCGGCCCUGGCGCGGGGGGCGCUGUCCCGGGGCGGCGGCGGCGGCGGCCUCCGCCAGCUGGAGCUGCUGGGCUUCGCCCUGCUGUUCCUCAAGUCCGGGCUAAACCCUUUCAUCUACUCCCGCGGCAGCGCGGGCCUGAGGCGGAAGGUGCUCGCGUGCCUGCGGGGCGGCGGCCUGGGCGCCUGCGGCUGCCGGCACAGGACCCGGCUCCGCGCCGUCGGGAAGGGGAACCUGGAAACCAACCGGAACAAGUCGUCCCACCACGAGACCAACUCGGCCUACGUGCUGUCCCCGAAGCCGCAGAAGAAGUUCGUGGACCAGGCGUGCGGGCCCAGCCAGUCCAGGGAGAGCGCGGCGAGCCCCAGGGCCUCGGCGGGGCGGCCCGGCGGCCAGAGCAGCUCCACCGCGGCCGACACGCGCCUGGAGCCCUACUACGGCGUCUACGGCGGCGGCCCGCGGCGGGGGGACGGCGCCCCGCGGGGCCCCCGCUGCCCCGGCCCGGCCGCGCCCUGCGGCGCCAGGCGUCAGCGCGCGGCCGGCGACCUGCUGCGGGGGCCCGGCGCGGCGGGGCCCAUCCCGGUGCCCUCCGUGUAG